ACCAUUACGUCCGACAGGUAUUUCUUGCACAACAACUUCAACAACAACCAUGUGACUAAAUGAUUAAAAACUAUAAGCGCAUGUUCAACCAAACGACUUAGUAAUACAAAAUUAGGAAAUGACGUCGAUGGUUGGUAUUGUCAUUGGUUGAAUUAUUGUUCACAAUGACUUUGAUUGGUUAAUAUUAAGAGAAACCCUGGUUGUUUGAUUUAAAGCCGAACCCAAAGGCGAAAUCACCCACAGCGCGUUUUAUCUUGAAAAUGGGACGGAAUAGAACUCAUCCAAUGCUAUCGAAGAUUAACAGGGACAGUUUACUAAAGGAAUUAGAAAAUAACGGUUAUGCGAUCAUACCUAAUGCUGCAGAAAGAUGUGAUGAGAAAUUUUUGAAAUACCAAGAAUGGUUGGCAGGCUUCAAAGAAACUGGGAAUUCCAUUCAAUGUGAUGAUUACGUCAUAAAUAAAUAUCGCAUCAGCCAUUCUGAAGCUUCAUGGGGUAUACGUGGUCAAGUCAGACAGUUAUUUGGUCUUGUUUGGGAAACUGAUAAACUUUUGACCAGUGUAGAAGGAGUUAUUUUAUUCAACCCGCCAGAAAAAGGUGAAGGUGAUUUCCGUACCCCGGAUGCUUGUAAUUUACACUUGGAACAAGGUGUUCGUCGGCAAGGCUUACAUGCAUAUCGAGGUGCAGUUUAUCUUGAGGAAUCAACCGACGAAGAUUUCUGCUUUCGUGUGUUGACAGAAUCACACAAACAUCAUUCAGAAUUCUUUGACGAUUUUCCUCGAGCUGCGUCCAAAUCCAAGAAAACUGAGUCUCUUAAACUGACAAAGAAUAAAAGAACAUGGUAUUUUAACAAAGGCUGCAACCUUGUCAGUGUAUCGGUUCCUAAAGGUGGAUUGCUCUUGUGGGAUGCAAGGAUGGUUUUCGACUUUGUGCUCCCAGAAUGCGGCAGGAAAAAUAUUGACCGAUGGGCCGCCAUCACGUUAGUUACCAUGACACCAGCUUUGUGGGCAGAUAAGGAUGAUCUUGAAUUGAAGCAAAAAGUCUUCAAGGACUUGUCCACGACGACACAUUGGGCAUCCCAAGGUCAGAAGGUUAUAUCGGAAAGGAGACCAGUCAAAAGAAAUGCCUUGGGUGACAUAGUUGAAAAUGUUGCGGUGAAGUUUCCAACGGCAACUGCCUUGUGGUAUCCAUGUCAAAAGCUAAUGGGGAUGAUGGAGUAUGAUUUUGAAAAUACUGAAGAAAAUGGACCUCUCCCUCCUGCAUGGAUAUAACUGUGUAUACCCAUACCUGUACAUAUAGAAUAUGUUGUCGGACUUAGUUUUUAAUUCAAAAAUUCUUUAUAUGCAAUUUGGUUGGUUUGUUGUUUGAAUAUUUGAAAUAUCGGUAUUUUUGGAACAAAUACAAAAUUCUUAUGAUCUGUGCUGUUUCAUAAUUAUAGAUCUUAUUGAAUAAAACAAAUGAAGAAAGCUCCAAGCCAUUACUUGUUUGCAUUUUUCAAUUAUAUCCAUGUAAAGAUGGCUUUAAAAUUAAUCAUUAAUGGUUAUUCGCAACGUUGUUUCUUGGCAAGAUAUAUAUGUAUGUGUCAACGAAAUAUAAACGAAUUCUUUGACUGACUAUAGAGGGUUUUUGGCUCUUUAUGUGUCUUUUAAUUCAAAUAUAUAUAUAUACAUAUAUUUGCACCUCAUGUUUGCGGUAUACCAUCUUUUCCGCAAGUUUAUUGUUUUCUGUUUGGUAUUAAAUUAAUAAUAAAGAUCCAUUUUGUUA